UCUCCUCCCUGCAAGCACUGGUCUCUUCAGCAAGCACUCAUCGUCAUAGGCGACACACACAGAGCUACGUACCCAGCUCCCCAGCACGUACAGCGCCUCGCCCAAAAUGAGCAGCGAUCAGCCUCGAGGCCUGACUCUAGCCCUGUUCAGGAGGAUUCCUCGAUUGGCCUCAAUCUCGCUGGGCCACACUGCGUCAGUUGUUCGAUGAUGGACACAGCACGUACACGUCUCCCCAGCGAGGGUAUAAGAACCCCAGAGGCCACGUCCUCGAGUCUCGAUCCAACACAACCUUCAAAGACAUAUCGCAAGACCAGCACUGUCUCUUAUUUACCAUGGCAUUCAUACGCUUCACUCCCCUUGCCGCUGUUCUGGCAUUCAGCCUAGCGCAUUGCGCACCCGUAGCAGAACCGCUGCUCUCCGAACUAUCGAAUACUUCUUAUGGCCCCAUUCCAGGCCAGUCCCCGCUAUACAGUACCUAUAGCGGCACGGCACCUCCGUUCCCUGGCAAUAUCACGGGUGCCAUUGUCAACACCACUGCAGGGCCUCCUGGCGAAGACGACCUCCUCUUCCAGAACCUGCUGUCUGCCGAAUGGGUCAUCUUCUCCUUCUACCAACAGGGGGUUGAGCGUUUCAACAGCACUGAUUUCAUUGAAGCCGGCUUGCCCAACACCACCUACGAGCGUAUUCAGCAGAUCCGUGACAAUGAAGCGGGCCAUCUGCGCAUCUUCCAGGAUCAAAUCUCCACCAACUCGGUCAAGCCGGGACCCUGUCAAUACGUGUAUCCCUUUGAAGACCCAAUCAGUUACAUUGCGCUCCAGACAGUCAUUGAGAUCUCCAGCAUGGCAUUCCUGACAGGUCUAGAGUUGCAAGCCAAGCUCACUUUAUCAAAGGCGGCUCUUGUUGCAAUCGCCGCAACCGAAUCACGACACAAUACGUGGUCGCUCAUUGACAACUGGAAAUCCACCCCUUUUGCCGGCCCGGCGGACACCGUGUAUCCCUACGCGAACCAGAUUCUGGACUUUACCAAUGAAUGGGUUGUCAAUGGUUCCUGCCCGCUCGAGAACCCGAUAUACCCAACGCCGCGCCAGAAUCUGCCACAAAUAACACCCGGGGCGGGCACUACGGCCAUCACCCCCGGUUCAACCAUAGUGUUCAAUUUCACUCAACCCGACAACCAACCCCACUUCACCCCUGACCAGGACUACUAUGCCGUCUUCUUCCACGGCGUCUACAAUAUCUCCGUCCCCUUUAAUACCACGACCUACAGCGCGGUGAUCCCACCACAAAUCGAACCGCUAGGAAUCAUCAUUGCUGUCGUGGCUGACGAGGAAGGUGCACCGACCAAAGAGAGUGUCCUUGCCGGAACAUUGAUCCUGCCUCAGAGUCCUGCCGCACUCGCCGCCUCAGGUGUCUGAAACCGAUAGAGAUUGUAAACUUAUAGAUGCAGAGAUUGGAAGAUACGGUGUUGGGCGUGGUCAAGAGGGCGAGGCUGCGCAUGUCCAGCUGGUGCAGGUCGCUUGGAGUUACUCUUAUCUGGAUUCACAUAGAU